AUGAAAGCUCCUUACAAGUAUCCAUAUAUUUCGAUGUUCGUAAUUGGGUACUAUUUUCUUGAGCACCAAGGCUACUAUUACAAAUUAAGGAAAUAUUUUGGAUACCCUGAAGUAGAUGAGAUAAAUUACGUAGUAUCUAUGACUCCUGAAAAGUUAGUGAAAUUAGGAAAGGUUCCAAACAGAUUAAUGCUUCUUUAUUGCUACCAAAAUGAAAAAGAAGAGGAAAUAAAAGAAAUUAAGAGUGUAGCAAGAAAAUCAAAAGAAAAGAAAAGAAGCCCGAUUUUAUUCGGAGAAAUUAACUGUAAAGAAAAUGACCAAGCCUGCAAAGAGAUGAGCUUGAAGUCUUUCCCAUCAUUAGUGCUUCUUAAGGAAGGACAAUCAAUAGGAGAUUACACUGGGCCAUUGAUAAAGAACAAAAUUAUGAAAUUUAUUAAAAAUUCAACCCCAGCUUCUGAUUAA